AUGCUGGGUAUUGUCCACGGCCGUACAUCAACUGUGAUUCAUGGGUCACUUGCCUACCUGCCUGGGCGCCGCCGACUUUCUGUGACUCUGGCGGACGUCGCUGAUGGAUCCUCUUCAGCGCUGCGGCACUUGGCUCGUUCUCCGAAAGCCGUGGCCGCCUGCUUUGCAGGAAAGUCGCAGAUUCCCGAGAGCUCAUUGCGGUCGUUGGCCGCGGAGGUGGUGACAGGGCUGUGCAAUUUUCGGCCUGGCACUGGGGCAGCAGGGUCCGGUUAUGCGCAUGCUCUACGACAAGACCCGACGGGAAGGCUUGCCUCAUUCCUUGAGGAUGAGAUUCUUGCUCGAUCCAGUACGCUCGAUCCCAAGGCGAUUGCGAACCUGAGCGGCUUGCUCUACGGCUCUGGUGCACCCUGCAAGAAGAACAAGGCUGUGAUGCAGCUUCGGCAAAGUGCCAUGCAGAAGCUUCAGGCAUUCUCGGCACCUGAACUUGUGGAUCUGGCAUCCGGGCUGGCAAACUCGCGCGUCAUGGACGAAAGCUGUUUGCAGACUCUGCGGAAGAGAAUGGAUGCAGCGGCCGGCCAGGGUGAUUCCGAAGGCAUCGGAUGCUCCCGGCCCGUGACUGCGCCUGCUUGCGAAAGCGACUGGCCUUCGCCUUGUCCCAACAUUCUGGCAGACUUGGAGACCGCUUUUGUUUUGUCGAAACCACCGGGCUGGUCCUGUGCCACCUCGGUUUCUGGAAAAAACCGGCUGGCGGAGGGUGGCAAGAUGCCUCCAACCAUCUCACACUACUUGCAGCGCCUGGGUUGGGAGAGGCCUGUAUCGCAAGAUCCCGCUGUGGAUCACGGUCUUGUCCAUCGCUUAGACCUUGAGACAAGCGGUGCAUUGCUUGCUGCAAAGACAUUUCACAGCUACUGGCGGCUACGUUUGGACUUUUCCGCACAGGAUGUUCGCAAGCGGUACCUUGCUUUGGUCCAUGGAUUCUUGCCACGGCAGUGGCAACGCCUUGACAUGCCCCUUCAACUACAGCGCAUUCCGCGCUCCGACUCUCGACGGUCUGUUCGUUCCAAGUCAGUGGUCAACCAUGACUUUGGAAGGUCGGCCGAAACUGGAAUUCGAGCAAUUGCUCAUCUGCAUGGCAGAGGUGGGGGCCCGAUGUCGUUACUUCUUGCAGAGCCGCGGACUGGGCGAACUCAUCAAAUUCGCAGUCACGUCUCGCACAUCGGCCAUCCGAUUGCUCGUGGUGCGGCAUUCAAGAACGAGGAUUGA